AAGGCUUCACUUGAAUCAAAAUCUAAGAAGACUCAAACUCAUCUCAUCUACGCACUUCUCAAAAGCGUCACCUUCAUUCUCUUGUCCACAACUCAUCUCAUCACAUCAAUAUUUUCAAUCAUCAGCUCCGUGCAUACAGCCGGAAAGUGACGUCACUGUAUACGCCAACAUGCAAUGAUGCGUAAGUUUACGGUUGGUGCGUAAAAUAACCGAAGUGAAGUGACUUGGUGCGCAUAUUUAGUUAUCAUCAUAAUCCAGAUCGGCCGGGUAAAAUAUAACUUUCUCGAAGAGCGGAGUAGAGAGGUUAUUUUCGCGGAAACGGACAACAUUUUCUGGUAUUGAAACGAGGCCGAGAAGGCGAAAAUUGGGAGAGCUAGGGUGGAUUUGGAGGAGAGUUUGAGCACUUUCUACCACUUCGUCAUAUAUUCGAUGGUAGCAGUUCUCUGAAUUUGAUUUAUCAGCAGUGUGAUGAACAUGAAUUCUCCAUCAACCCCUUACAUUACCUCAAGGAAUAUGGAAAUAUACGACACCUCAAGGAAUAUAGGAAUAUAUGAACCUAUGCACCAGAUGAACAUGUGGGCUGAUAUCAAAAGUAAUGGCUUUCUCAACACAUCUACUUCCAUGCUUGUAGAGGUGGAUACGAAGCUAGACAACCAGUCAGAAGAUACUUCACAUGAAACACUUGGACAUUCCGGCAAGUAUGACCAGGAAACAAAUAAACCAGUUGAUAAGGUGCUUAGACGUCUUGCACAAAAUCGCGAGGCUGCUCGCAAAAGUCGUUUAAGGAAAAAGGCCUAUGUUCAGCAGUUAGAAAGUAGUCGUUUGAAGCUGCUUCAACUGGAGCAAGAGUUGGAAAGAACAAGGCAGCAGGGAGCACUUACUGGUGGUGGUUUAGAUGCUAUCCCUUCUGGUUUCUCGGGACCAUUAAACCCAGGUAUUUGUGCAUUUGAUUUGGCAUAUGGAAGCUGGGUUGAAGAACAUGACAGACUAGUCGAAAAUUUGAAGACUGCUAUUUAUACUUAUACUGAUGAAGAGCUGUGCAUCCUUGUUAAUGUAGUCAUGAAUCAUUAUUCUGAUCUAUUCCGCAUGAAAGCAACUUCUGCAAAGGCUGAUGUUUUCUAUCUCAUGUCAGGCAUGUGGAAAACAUCAGCUGAAAGGCUUUUCUUGUGGAUUGGAGGGUUUCGCCCCUCAGAGCUUUUAAAGGUUAUGUUGCCACACCUUGACCUCUUGGACAAACAACAUGCUGAAGUUUGCAAUCUUAAGCAAUCAUGCCAACAAACAGAAGAUGCACUUUCACAGGGAAUGGAAAAACUCCAACAGACCUUGUCUGAUGCCUUGGCAGCUGGUCAAUUAGGUGAAGGAAGCUACUUCCCUCAAAUUACUAACGCAAUGGAGAGGCUCGAUGCUUUGGUGAGCUUUGUAAAUCAGGCUGAUCACAUACGCCAGGUAACUCUUCAGCAAAUGUCUCGCAUCCUAGAUACCCGACAAACAGCACAAGCGUUUCUUGUCCUAGGAGAGUACUUCCAACGCCUCAGGGCUCUUAGUUUGCUAUGGGAUAAUCGUUCAUGUGAGCCUACAUCAUAAUGCAACCUAAGAAUUUACCAUCAGUAAAUCAUCGGUGAUGAAUAUAAACUGUGAAAUACAAUCUGUCGGCCGUUUGUGCUUGCUGUAAGGGGAAUUUAAGCUACGCAACUUGGAGUUUUCCAUCAGCCUUCUUGGAUAUGAACACAAUUUUCUCCAGCUCAUAAAGGUGCGUCACUUGUAUAUAUCACGUACUAGCCAUAGCUUAAUUAGAUGACACUGUAAGAAUUAAUUAGAGGACUGCCAAAUUAUGGUGUCAAUCUAGUAAGAAUCUGUGAGCCACUUGAUGGUCACUGUAAAAAACACUAUAUAGAUGUAUAUUAGAGCAGGAGGAAUCAUAGAAUGACAAAGAUUUUGAGCAAGAUUGCUUAAUACAUGUUAGCAUUGCCUUGUGUUUGGAAAGUAUUCAGAUUAGUGUUUCUA